AUGAGUUCCACUGACCCAUCAACUUCCGAAAGCCAAGAUCGGCGCAACGGCUUCCUUUUCGCAUCCGCCGCGUUCGGAUGGUGGGCUUUCAUCGUCCCCUCCUACUUCCGAUUGCUCUCUCAGCACAACGCACUCCCGCUCGAAGUGCUCGCACAGCGAGUGAUCUUCGGCCUCCCGCUGCUCAUCGGGAUCCUGAUGUUCAACAAGAAGAUCCCCGAUCUCAUCCGCGCCGCGACGCAGUGGAGCACGCUCAAAGUCCUGAUCCCCUCGACAGGGCUCAUCGCGAUCAACUGGUUUUUCUUCAUCUACGCCGUGAGCACGGAUCGCUUGAACCACGCUUCGCUCGGAUACUACAUCAACCCGCUCUUCUCGAUCCUGCUCGGAUUCCUGUUCCUUGGAGAGCAACCAACGAAACUGCAAAAGACAGCAAUCGCAAUCGCCGGCGCCGCUGUGAUCAUGAUGACCAUCGCCGAGCUCGACGCCGGAGGGGGUUGGCCGUGGAUCUCGCUGCUGCUCCCCGCGAGCUUCGGUCUGUAUGGACUGCUCCGCAAGCAAGUCCAAGUGAGCGGGACUGUGGGGAUCACCUUCGAGAUGAUCGUGCUGCUCCCGUUCUGCAUCGGACUGAUGAUCUGGUUGACCACCUCCGACAAAGGUAUCUUCUUCGCGCCGACCACAGCGACCUGGAUCUCAUGGAUCAUGCUCCUCGGAGGCGUGAUCACCAUCAUCCCUCUGAUCUGCUUUACCAAUGCAGUGCGAUUGCUGCCGUUGUCGACUGUGGGGCUGUUGCAGUUCAGCGCGCCGACCGGUCAGCUCGCAUUGUCUGUGUUGUUCUUUGGUGAGACGUUCACGCCGCUCAAGUUCGGCGCGUUCGUGCUGAUCUGGAUCGCGAUCGGUGUGUUCAUCCGCGAUCUUGUUGUAUCCCACCGCGAGCGUCAAGCGAACAUGCAGACCGAGAUGCUCGAGUAG